AUGAUUGUUUUAGUGGACUUGCUGCUGGUACUGCUUCUUCACAUUGCAGACAAAGCUCAGGUUGACAACUGUAGGGUCAGAAAACCUUACCCUCCACUUCACAAGUAUCAUCAGCCAGGAGACCUCCUCAUUGGGGGCAUUGCUUCUUAUAGUACCUUCGUCUCCAGUCCAAUAGACUUCGCUGGUGAACCCACUCCACCAUUAUUGGAGGAACUUGUGGUAUUGCCUAAGCAUUACCAGCACAUCCUGGCUCUGGUAUUUGCAGUAAAAGAAAUCAAUGAAAACCCUCAGAUCUUACCCAAUAUCACCCUGGGCUUCCACAUCUAUGAUAGCUAUGACAAUGCAAUGACCUAUCAUGCCACAAUGCUACUGUUGACUACACUGGAAAGAGUUGUACCUAACUACGUAUGUGAUAUCCAGAAUACUCUAACAGCAGUUAUUGGGGGACUGGACUCUGAAAUCUCCCUUCAUGUGGCAAAUAUCUUAGACAGACAAAAGGUUCCACAGUCCCAGCCUCUUUCUCUUUGUACUGAGAGUUGCCAACCUGGUUCCCACAAGAAAAUGAAGGAGGGGGAGCCAUUUUGCUGCUACGACUGCAUCCCAUGUCCAGAAGGAGAGAUUACAAACCAUGAGGAUAUGAAUGACUGCAACAAAUGCCCAGAAAAAGACUAUCCAAGCAAGGAUCAUGAUUUCUGUAUCCCCAAGAUUGUAACCUUCUUGUCUUAUGAAGAACCUCUGGGACUCAGUCUAGCCUUUUUGGCAUUUUCCUUUUCUUUCAUCACAGCUGUGGUGCUGGGGACAUUUGUGAAACACAACAACACUCCCAUAGUCAAAGCUAACAAUCAGAGUCUCACCUAUACUCUCCUCUUCUCCAUUCUCCUCUGCUUCCUUUCUUCACUACUAUUUAUUGGCCGUCCUCAGAAGUUGACGUGUCUCCUCCGACAAACUGCCUUUGGCAUGACCUUCUCGGUGGCUGUUUCCUGUGUAUUUGCAAAAACCGUUACAGUGGUUUUAGCUUUUAUGGCCACGAGGCCAGGAUCCAGCAUGAGGAAAUGGGUGGGGAAAAGACUGGCUAUCUCCAUUGUUUUUUCCUGCUUUCUCAUCCAAGCAGGCAUCUGUGCCAUGUGGCUGGGAACCUCUCCCCCAUUCCUGGACGUUGACAUGCACUCAGUGACUGAAGAAAUUGUACUGCAAUGUAAUGAAGGUUCUGUGACAAUGUUUUAUUCUGUCUUGGGCUUCAUAAGCUUCCUGGCAAUUAUCAGUUUCACUGUGGCGUUCCUUGCAAGAAAGUUACCUGAUAGUUUCAAUGAAGCCAAGUUCAUCACUUUCAGCAUGUUGGUCUUUUGCAGUGUUUGGCUAUCAUUUGUUCCCACCUACUUGAGCACAAAAGGAAAAUACAUGGUAGCUGUGGAGAUCUUCUCCAUCUUAGCCUCCAGCUUUGGGUUGCUGAGUUGCAUCUUUUCCCCAAAAUGUUACAUUAUUGUAUUUAGACCUGAGCUGAAUAAGAAGCAACAGCUAAUAAGAAGAUAUUAA